ACACGUCCCUACUCUGCUGCCAUUGGCUGGCGUGGGGCCGCCGCAGCCAAUCGCGCGCGGGGAGGUGGUGGGGCCGAGCAAGAUGGAGGAGUACGCUCGCGAGCCCUGUCCAUGGAGGAUAGUGGAUGACUGUGGAGGGGCCUUCACCAUGGGAGCCAUAGGAGGGGGCAUUUUCCAGGCUAUCAAAGGCUUCCGAAAUUCCCCAGUGGGUGUAAACCACCGUCUGCGGGGCAGUUUGACAGCUAUUAAAACCAGAGCUCCACAGCUGGGAGGGAGCUUUGCUGUAUGGGGAGGUCUCUUCUCCAUGAUUGACUGCAGUAUGGUCAGAAUGAGAGGGAAGGAAGAUCCCUGGAAUUCCAUCACGAGUGGAGCCCUGACUGGAGCCAUUUUAGCUGCAAGAAAUGGCCCUGUUGCCAUGGUCGGAUCUGCUGCGAUGGGUGGAAUUCUCCUGGCCCUGAUUGAAGGAGCUGGAAUUCUGCUGACAAGAUUUGCCUCCACACAGUUCCCAAAUGGCCCACAGUUGUCAGAGGAUCCAUCCCAGCUCCAGCCACCCCCGUUCAGCGACUACCGACAGUACCAAUGAUGGUCCCCUGCCACCUCCUUCUCCUUCUCCUUUUCCUUCUCCUUCUCCUUCUCCUUCUCCUUUUCCUUCUCCUUCUCUUCCCCGUUCCUCAGUGGUCCCAUCUGGAGGAUGCAGAGAGGAUUUGUACUUACACCAGUGGUUGUCCCUUAUGCACCAUGCCAGGAAGACCUGCAGCAUUUCUCAAUGUCAAACUGCUCAGGAGAACUUUUAGAAAAUUUAUUUAUUCCUGAUAUAUUCCAUUGCUGUAAUGUCUGGUAGAAUACAAGGAGGUUUGAGACAAGGA